AAGAUUGUCGACAUACGAUUACUUGGUCUUGGUAAUUUUAUCCAACAAAUAUUUUAUUUCAAUCGCUUUUGAGUCAGUAUACGUCUGUCAUACGAAUUAGAAGAAUUUAAAAGUCAGUUAACUCGGUUUUAUUCUUCUUAUUUAAAUUUAAUCGUACAAAUAAAAAUAAUAAAUAGAAAAUAUUACCGGAAAUUUUUUUAUAAUUUAAUUUAAUUAUCAAUGAAUAUUUAUGUUGAUUAGUAGUAGAAAAUAUAAAAUAAAAUACUGAGUAAUUUGAUAAUACGUGAGUUGAUAAUGAGUGGAGUGGUAAUUAGAUAAAAUAUGACUGUAGAAUUUAUUGGCUGUAAUAAAUUUUAGUUUAAGUAUUAAUAUAUAUUUUGUUAAUGAAAAAUUCAUUGGGGAAAUUAUAAAAUGGAUUCAAAGGUCGAUAUUGAAAAGAAAAAAAAUCCACGUGAAGGGAUUAAUCCUUUGAAUGCUUUGACAUUCUCAUGGGUUUUAAAAAUAUUCUGGGAGGGAUACAAACGAGACUUGGAAAUAACUGAUCUCCAUAGACCCUUGAAAGAACAUAAAAGUAGUAUAUUGGGUGAUAAAUUAGCAGCUGCGUGGGAUACAGAAGUGCAGCAGUAUAAUGGAAAUGUUAAAUCUAAGAAAGAACCGGACAGAUCAUUCAGUACUGCUAAGGUCAAGCAUAAAAAAGGCAAGACACCUAGUUUGCAACGAGCAUUGAUCAAAGUUUUUGGUGCUCGUAUUGCUCUUUAUGGAGUUGCGUUGGCUAUCAUGGAACUCGUUUUACGAAUGCUACAGCCAGUAGCUUUGGCGCGGCUUCUUCGGUUUUUUACGUCAUCGGAUGUCAGCAAAACAGAAGCGUUUCUAUACGCCGGUGGUGUGAUACUAUGCUCAGCAGUAAAUAUACUUGUAGCCCAUCCCUACAUGAUGGCGAUUCUUCACAUGGGUAUGAAACUGCGUGUAGCAUGCUGCUCACUGAUUUACCGUAAGUCAUUGAAACUGUCGCGAACAGCUUUGGGAGAGACGACAGUUGGACAAGCAGUUAAUCUUUUGUCAAACGACGUCAAUAGAUUUGACGUUGCUGUGAUAUUUAUUCACUAUCUAUGGAUAGGUCCCGUUGAGACAAUCAUCAUUACGUACUUGAUGUAUCUAGAAGUUGGAGUGGCUGCAAUUAUUGGCGUAGCUUCACUGUUAAUGUUUAUACCUCUUCAGGGAUGGCUUGGUAAAAAAUCAUCGACAUUGCGUCUACGUACGGCAAUACGUACUGACGAGAGAGUACGUUUGACCAAUGAAAUUAUCAGUGGUAUUCAAGCUAUAAAAAUGUACACGUGGGAGCAUCCCUUUAGUAAUCUUAUUGAGAAUGCACGUAAAAGAGAAAUGCGUGUUGUAAGAUAUACAUCAUUUAUACGAGGUGUUAUCAUGUCUUUCAUAAUGUUUACAACACGUCUAUCACUAUUUCUCACUAUACUGGCUUAUGUUUUAUCUGAUAAACAAAUAACUGCUGAGACAGUAUUUAUGUUGACGGCUUACUAUAAUAUUCUACGUCAAACUAUGACGGUAUUUUUUCCACAAGGUAUUACUCAAGUUGCCGAGGCUUCAGUGUCCAUAAAACGACUUCAAAAUUUUUUAUUGUACGAUGAAAUUGAGACAAGUAAUAAUGAUAAUGUUGAUAAUGAUCAAAAGAAAAAUAAGAAAAAUUCACAGAAAAAUAAUAUAAGUUCGAAUGAUAAAGACAAGAAAGAAGAUACAGAUGAAUCACUAGAAAAUUUAAAUGAGGGGUCUAUAACGCUUGAUAAUGUUUAUGCUAAAUGGUUGGACUCUGAUCAUGAAGAUACAUUGAAAGGAAUCAAUAUACAUAUUAAACCGGGUCAAUUAGUGGCUGUAGUUGGGCAAGUUGGUUCGGGUAAAACAAGCUUACUCAAUGCUAUUCUCAAAGAGCUUCCAGCGCACACGGGAAGUAUUGAUGUAGGUGGUAAAAUUGCUUACGCGAGUCAAGAACCCUGGUUAUUCGCUGGUUCAGUAAGGCAGAAUAUACUCUUUGGGCGUCCAUGGGAUGCUAGGAAAUACGAUAAAGUCGUCAAAGUAUGUCAGCUGAAACGAGAUUUUUCACUAUUCCCAUACGGUGACAAGACUAUUGUCGGUGAACGCGGUGUAAGUUUAUCUGGUGGACAGAGAGCGCGUAUCAAUUUAGCGCGGGCUGUUUACUCGGAUGCACCGAUAUUUUUACUAGACGAUCCACUGAGUGCAGUAGACGCGCAUGUGGGUAAACACAUGUUCGAAGAGUGUGUUGAAAAAUACUUGAAUGGAAAAACAAGAAUACUAGUGACACAUCAGAUACAAUUUUUAAGCAAUGUCGAGAAGAUAAUUGUCAUGAAGGAUGGUGCUAUUAUUGCUGAAGGCAGUUACAAUAAACUAGUGGAGAUGGGGGUUGACUUCGGUCGUUUACUUGAUUCAGCACCAAGAGAAGAUGCAGAAGACAUGUUGGCACUUUCAGGAAGUCGGAGCAAUUCACGACACGCGAGUGUAACAUCGUUGAGUUCAUUCAUGACUAACGAGACUACGGGUCAGGCCCAAGCCGAGCCUGAAGAAGUUGCUGAGAUGCGCACUAGAGGAUCUAUUGGAGGGCAUGUGUAUUCAUCUUAUUUCAAAGCUGGUGGCAAUUGUUGUUUAAUUUUUAUGGUGAUAGUAUUGUUUGUUGGAGCUCAAUUGGCUGCAAGUGGUGGGGACUUCUUUGUUGCAUUUUGGGUGAAUCUAGAACAAGAUAAUAGUAAUAAUUUCACUUUCAGCAACUUAUUGCGCAAUUCAAGUGGAGUGAACAUAGAAAAAACAUCUGGGAUAUCGGAGCAGGAUAGAUAUAUUUGUAUAUAUAUUUUUACAGCGUUGACGGUACUUACAGUUGUGAUAACACUUAUGAGAUCUUUUGCAUUUUUUGAGUUAUGUGUACGUGCAUCUAAACGCUUACAUGAUACAAUGUUUCGUAGUAUUAGCCGUGCGACGAUGAGAUUUUUCAAUACAAAUACAUCAGGGCGUGUGUUGAAUCGUUUUUCCAAGGACAUGGGUGCUAUUGACGAGUUACUGCCAAUCGCCAUGAUUGAUUGUAUUCAAAUUGGUCUUUCACUCAUCGGUAUUAUUGUCGUUGUUAGUAGUGCAAGUGAAUGGUUGCUGAUACCCACAGCAAUUAUUGGUGUUAUAUUUUACGGUUUACGGGUUAUUUAUAUAUCAACAAGUCGUAGCAUUAAACGACUCGAAGGUAUAACAAGAUCACCGGUAUUUAAUCACCUAAGUGCAACAUUACAGGGUCUACCGACAAUACGUUCAUUUAAUGCAGAAGAAGUACUUACUAAAGAAUUUGAUCACCAUCAGGAUCUCCAUUCCUCCGCGUGGUAUAUUUUUAUAGCAUCGUCACGUGCCUUCGGUUUUUGGCUCGAUAUUUUUUGUCUUAUCUAUAUUGCCUGUGUAACAAUGAGCUUUUUGCUCCUAUCUGAUGAUGAGCAUAAAACGUUUAAAGGUGGUAAUGUUGGUCUAGCAAUCACUCAGAGUAUAGGAUUAACGGGAAUGUUUCAGUGGGGUAUGAGACAGAGUGCUGAAGUAGAGAAUCAAAUGACUUCGGUGGAGCGUGUGCUUGAGUAUACUAACAUUGAGAGUGAACCAGCACUCGAGAGUUUGCCUGAAAAAAAACCUAAAGAUGACUGGCCGUCAAGAGGUAAAGUCGAAUUUAAACGCGUUUACUUGGCUUAUUCCCCAUUAGAACCACCGGUACUCAGGAAUCUCAACUUUACUAUUGAGCCACGUGAAAAAAUAGGAAUUGUUGGACGCACUGGAGCAGGAAAAUCUUCCCUAAUAGCUGCCUUAUUCCGGCUUGCUGAAAUUGAGGGUAACAUUGAGAUUGAUGGUGUAGAUACCGGUGAAAUCGGACUCCACGAUUUUCGCGCCAAGAUAAGCAUAAUUCCACAAGAGCCUUUCUUGUUCUCCGGUACAUUGAGAAGAAAUCUUGAUCCCUUCGAACAGUAUCCAGACAGUAUACUGUGGUCGGCAUUAGAAGAUGUUGAACUUAAAGAAAUGGGUCUUGAGGGCCACGUUAAUGAAGGUGGUACUAAUUUGAGUGUAGGACAACGGCAGUUAGUUUGUCUUGCGCGUGCUAUUGUUAGAAAUAAUAAAGUUCUUGUACUCGAUGAAGCCACCGCUAACGUUGAUCCACGGACGGAUGAAUUUAUCCAGAAGGCUAUUAGACGUAAAUUUGCCGAUUGCACCGUUCUUACGAUUGCCCAUCGACUCAAUACUGUUAUGGACAGCGACAGAAUAUUGGUCAUGGAUGCCGGUUCUGCUGUGGAAUUUGAUCAUCCUCAUAUUUUACUUCAGAACGAGGAUGGAUAUUUAUCAAAGAUGGUUAAAGAAACUGGCGUAACAAUGAUAGAAGCGCUCAAAAAUGUCGCCAAACAAAAUUAUGAACUUCGUAAUCCACCUGUCACAACCACACUUUGAUACUGAUGUUUGUACUUUAAAUAUUUAACUUUGUAAUCUAAUAUUUUUUUUGAGAUCAACAAGUUAUUAUUAUUAUUAGCGAAUUUAUAUUCCAUAAUUAAUAUAAAUAGCUCUUUUUACAAAUAUUUAUACAAAAAAUUAAUAAUAAUAAUAUAUAUUUAAAUAAAUUAAAUGUGCCUUAGAAAAAAAAUUAAAUGACGAUAAAAAAAAAAAUUAAAUUGUACUUAGUGAUCUAUAAAUUAAAAUUUGAUUCUUUGUAUUAUUAC